AUGGAUAUCAAAACUCAACGUUUUGUAGCAGACAAGCCUGUAAAGAUUUGUUCUUCAAACAAUUCAUCUGUUGAAGUCCGAAAAGUGAAAUCUGGUGUAAUAUGUGCUUCGUGGUGUAUGCAUCAUCAAUCAUGUUGUUCUUCUGGUUUUGACAAACAAACUGGAGAAUGUUUUCUAGAUCAUGCUUGUUUUCCUGACUGUGUUCCAUCACAAAAUGCAACGUUCUUACGAAAAGUCACAUAUAAAACUGAAGAUUACGAAACAACAGUAUCUGAAAUCACAAGAGAAAAGACAACAAAGUUUGAAACGACGAGCGAAAGAGACACUCUCAGUGUCACAACAAGCGAACGAACAACAAACCAUGGCACAACAAAGGAGAAACUAACAAUUCAAAAACAAAAAAGCAACGGACUUAACAUGACGAGCCAAAGGACCACCAUCAGUGCCACAACAAGCGAACGAACAACAAACCAUGGCACAACAAUCGAGGAACUAACAAGCCAAAAACCAACAAGCAACGGAUUUAUCAUGACAAGCCAAAGGGCCACCCUCGGUGUCACAACAAGCGAUCGAACAACCAACCAUGGCAUAACAAUGGAAAUCCUAACAACCCAAAAACCAACAAGCAACGGACCUGACUGUAAUGGUAUUUCUGGUGGAAGUUCUAGUGGUGUUUACACAAUAUAUGUUGAAAAUCUACCUCUCGAUGUAUACUGCGAAAUGACAGGUUCUGGUCAAUGGACGGUGUUUCAAAGAAGAAUAGAUGGUUCUACAGAUUUCUACAGGACUUGGCAGGAAUAUAAACAGGGAUUUGGGAAUGUAAAUUCGGAAUACUGGUUAGGGAAUGACAAUUUACAUAAGAUCCUAUCUACAGGGAACUACAAACUACGAGUUGAUCUAGAAGACUGGAACGGUGAGGUGCGGUAUGCUGAAUAUGAAACGUUUGAUGUAGGCAAUGAAGCUACAAACUACGAACUCACUAUAGGAAAUUAUAAUGGAAAUGCUGGUUAA